UCUUGUUUGGACCGUCGAGCGAUCGAGAACCGGAUUUCAGCGCUAGUCGGCGAAUCGCGAGAGCGUGCGUGUAUUUGUGUGUGCGUGUGAGCGUUGUUUUGGGACACCGAUACGGAUACGGGUACGGAUACACGGAUAUUCGGCAGCGGUACGCGUUUAGCAAUCCGCCAACCGGUUGCAACGGUGCUAGUGCACCUCCCUACAAAGAAGUGAAUAAUAGUAUGCAAAGUAUCUGAAAGAUAGCCAAGAGCAGAGCAAAGUAUCUGUGUUUGUGUGUGCCGUGCUUUUGUGCGGAGUCGCCACCCCUGUGGAUUAGUGGCACCCUGCUGCAAAUAGCCCACCACUCUCACAAGUGUGUGUGUGUGUGUUAACAAUUAAUCGCAUUUAAACAACAAUUUGGCCAGCCGCAGUAGCAAUAACGAUAAUUCGGACGUGCCAAGGGUGCUUUUCAUUGGAUUUUUGCGUAAAAUCGAUAGUCAGAUAGACCCGCUCUCUACUGCCAACUUCACACAACCCGCUCAGCGGAAACACGGCAUACGGAAUGAAUGUGCCCAACGAACGCCUCGAAUGGCUAAUGCUGUUCGCAGCUGUUGCCCUCAUUGCUUGUGGUAGUCAGACCCUGGCUGCCAAUCCCCCAGAUGCCGACCAAAAAGGACCCGUCUUUCUCAAGGAACCCACCAACCGCAUUGACUUCUCCAACUCCACGGGCGCAGAGAUCGAGUGCAAGGCCAGCGGCAACCCCAUGCCCGAGAUUAUUUGGAUCAGGAGCGACGGUACCGCCGUGGGUGAUGUGCCCGGAUUGCGUCAGAUCUCAUCCGACGGCAAGCUGGUCUUCCCCCCAUUCCGCGCCGAGGACUACCGCCAAGAGGUCCAUGCCCAGGUGUACGCCUGCCUGGCCCGCAACCAGUUCGGAUCCAUCAUCUCCCGCGACGUCCAUGUGCGAGCCGUUGUGCCACAAUCCUACACCGUCAAUGUCAUGGACGAGUCCAUACUCCGCGGCAAUAGCGCCAUCCUAAAGUGCCACAUUCCCAGUUUUGUGGCCGAUUUCAUAGUGGUCGAUUCGUGGGUGGAGGACGAGGAGCGAGUUAUCUAUCCCCAGGAGGAUAUCGCGGAAAGCGAUGGAAAGUAUCUGGUAUUGCCCUCUGGGGAGUUGCACAUCCGUGAGGUUGGACCCGAGGACGGAUACAAGAGCUACCAGUGCCGAACCAAACAUCGUCUGACGGGAGAAACCCGAUUGAGUGCCACAAAAGGACGAUUGGUCAUCACAGAACCGGUUGGCAGUGUAAGUCCUCAGCUCAGUGGCAAUGGCAAUCAGGAGCACAUAACUCUCACUAGGGUUCCCAAGAUGGGUAGCGUUACGCUGAUGUGUCCGGCUCAAGCCUAUCCAGUGCCCUUCUUUAGAUGGUACAAGUUCAUCGAAGGAACAACCCGAAAACAAGCUGUGGUGUUAAAUGACCGAGUGAAGCAGGUCUCUGGUACUCUCAUUAUCAAGGACGCAGUAGUCGAGGACUCCGGCAAAUACCUGUGCGUGGUGAACAAUUCCGUGGGAGGCGAGAGCGUGGAGACCGUGCUUACCGUCACUGCCCCCUUAUCCGCUAAGAUCGAUCCCCCCACCCAGACAGUUGACUUCGGACGCCCCGCCGUGUUCACCUGCCAGUACACUGGAAAUCCCAUCAAGACCGUCAGCUGGAUGAAGGACGGCAAGGCCAUCGGACACAGCGAACCCGUGCUGCGCAUCGAAUCCGUGAAGAAGGAGGACAAGGGCAUGUACCAGUGUUUCGUAAGGAACGACCAGGAAUCGGCGGAGGCCAGUGCUGAGCUGAAGCUCGGAGGCCGUUUCGAUCCCCCCGUCAUCCGACAGGCCUUCCAGGAAGAGACCAUGGAACCCGGACCAAGUGUGUUCCUCAAGUGCGUCGCCGGCGGAAACCCCACGCCUGAAAUUUCCUGGGAACUCGACGGCAAGAAAAUCGCCAACAACGAUCGCUAUCAGGUGGGACAGUAUGUGACAGUCAACGGAGAUGUGGUUUCCUAUCUGAACAUAACCUCGGUCCACGCCAACGAUGGCGGUCUCUACAAGUGCAUAGCCAAGAGCAAAGUGGGCGUGGCUGAACACUCGGCCAAGUUGAAUGUGUAUGGACUGCCCUACAUCCGACAAAUGGAGAAGAAGGCGAUUGUUGCUGGAGAAACCCUGAUUGUCACAUGCCCCGUCGCUGGCUACCCCAUUGAUUCGAUUGUCUGGGAGCGAGAUAACCGUGCCCUGCCCAUCAACCGCAAACAGAAGGUCUUCCCCAACGGAACGCUGAUUAUCGAGAAUGUGGAACGGAACUCAGACCAAGCGACCUACACUUGCGUUGCCAAGAAUCAGGAAGGAUACUCCGCUCGAGGAUCUCUGGAAGUGCAAGUCAUGGUGCCCCCCAAACUGGCUCCCCUGCCCGUGAAUUCGCCCCCGUACGUGGGCGACUACUACCAGUUGACCUGCGCGGUGGUGCACGACGACGCACCCUUCAACAUUACCUGGUACUACAACAACGAGCCCGCCGGAGACUUGGCCGGGGUCACCAUCCUGAUGCACGGCCGGCGCAGCAGCUCGCUGAACAUCGAGAGCGUGGGGGGUGACCACGCGGGCAACUACACCUGCAAGGGCGCCAACCGGGCGGGCGAAACCACGGCAGAGACCCAUCUGAGUGUCAAGGUACCUCCCAGAUGGAUCCUCGAGCCCACCGAUAAGGCCUUCGCCCAGGGAUCCGAUGCCAAGGUUGAAUGCAAGGCUGAUGGCUUCCCCAAACCCCAAGUCACAUGGAAGAAAGCAGUUGGCGACACCCCCGGAGAGUACAAGGAUCUGAAGAAGAGCGACAACAUCCGCGUGGAAGAGGGCACUCUGCAUGUGGACAACAUCCAAAAGACCAACGAGGGUUACUAUCUGUGCGAGGCUAUCAAUGGAAUAGGUUCCGGCCUCUCGGCAGUGAUUAUGAUCAGCGUUCAGGCCCCUCCAGAGUUCACGGAGAAGCUGCGCAACCAGACCGCUCGACGAGGAGAACCCGCUGUACUCCAGUGCGAGGCGAAGGGCGAGAAGCCCAUUGGCAUCUUGUGGAACAUGAACAACAUGCGACUGGACCCCAAGAACGACAAUCGCUACACUAUUCGCGAGGAGAUCCUUUCCACCGGAGUUAUGUCCAGUCUAUCGAUCAAGCGCACCGAGAGGUCCGACUCCGCCCUGUUCACCUGUGUCGCCACUAAUGCCUUUGGAUCCGAUGACGCCAGCAUAAAUAUGAUUGUCCAGGAAGUUCCGGAGAUGCCAUAUGCUUUGAAGGUGCUCGACAAAUCCGGACGAUCCGUGCAGCUGAGCUGGGCGCAACCCUACGAUGGCAACUCCCCUCUGGACAGGUAUAUCAUUGAGUUCAAGCGUUCCCGUGCCUCCUGGAGCGAAAUUGAUCGCGUCAUUGUGCCCGGACACACCACAGAAGCCCAAGUCCAGAAGCUCAGCCCCGCCACCACCUACAACAUUCGCAUCGUGGCCGAGAACGCCAUCGGCACAUCCCAAUCCUCCGAAGCAGUGACCAUCAUCACAGCCGAAGAAGCGCCAUCCGGCAAGCCCCAGAACAUUAAGGUUGAACCCGUGAACCAGACCACCAUGCGCGUCACCUGGAAGCCACCACCACGCACCGAGUGGAACGGAGAGAUCCUGGGCUACUACGUCGGCUACAAGCUAUCCAACACCAACUCGUCCUACGUUUUCGAGACCAUCAACUUCAUCACCGAGGAGGGCAAGGAGCACAACCUGGAACUGCAGAACCUGCGCGUCUACACCCAGUACUCCGUGGUCAUCCAGGCCUUCAACAAGAUCGGAGCUGGUCCACUGAGCGAAGAGGAGAAGCAAUUCACGGCCGAGGGAACGCCCAGCCAGCCACCCAGUGACACCGCCUGCACUACCUUGACCUCGCAGACCAUUCGCGUCGGAUGGGUGAGUCCACCCCUGGAAUCCGCCAACGGAGUGAUCAAGACCUAUAAGGUUGUCUAUGCCCCCAGUGACGAGUGGUAUGACGAGACCAAGCGACACUAUAAGAAGACGGCCUCCUCCGACACAGUUCUCCAUGGCUUAAAGAAGUACACCAACUACACAAUGCAGGUCCUGGCCACAACAGCCGGAGGCGAUGGAGUCCGCAGCGUUCCCAUUCACUGCCAAACCGAGCCCGAUGUUCCCGAAGCACCCACUGAUGUAAAGGCUCUUGUUAUGGGUAACGCCGCUAUCCUGGUAUCCUGGCGCCCACCAGCACAGCCUAACGGCAUUAUCACCCAGUACACCGUAUACUCCAAGGCGGAAGGUGCUGAGACUGAGACAAAGACCCAGAAGGUUCCCCACUACCAGAUGAGUUUCGAGGCCACCGAACUGGAGAAGAACAAGCCCUACGAGUUCUGGGUGACAGCUAGCACCACCAUUGGCGAAGGCCAGCAGUCCAAGAGCAUAGUGGCCAUGCCCAGCGACCAGGUGCCCGCCAAGAUCGCCUCCUUCGACGACACUUUCACUGCCACCUUCAAGGAGGACGCCAAGAUGCCCUGCCUGGCCGUUGGAGCUCCCCAACCCGAAAUCACCUGGAAAAUCAAGGGCGUCGAAUUCAGUGCCAACGAUCGCAUGCGCCUCCUUCCCGACGGAUCGCUGCUGAUCAAGUCGGUGAAUCGCCAGGAUGCCGGGGACUACUCCUGCCACGCCGAGAACUCGAUUGCUAAGGACUCCAUCACGCACAAACUGAUUGUUCUGGCACCACCACAAUCGCCCCAUGUCACACUGUCGGCCACCACCACGGAUGCACUGACUGUCAAGUUGAAGCCCCAUGAGGGAGACACUGCUCCUCUGCAUGGAUAUACCCUGCACUACAAGCCAGAAUUUGGAGAAUGGGAAACAUCGGAAGUGUCUGUCGACUCACAGAAGCACAACAUUGAAGGACUCUUGUGCGGCUCCCGCUAUCAGGUCUAUGCCACUGGAUUCAAUAACAUUGGAGCUGGCGAAGCGUCUGACAUCUUGAACACCCGGACCAAGGGACAGAAGCCCAAGCUGCCCGAGAAACCUCGCUUCAUUGAAGUGUCGUCCAACUCCGUGUCCCUGCACUUCAAGGCCUGGAAAGAUGGAGGAUGCCCCAUGUCGCACUUUGUGGUGGAGAGCAAGAAGCGCGAUCAAAUUGAGUGGAACCAAAUUUCGAACAACGUGAAGCCCGACAACAACUACGUGGUUUUGGACCUGGAACCCGCCACCUGGUACAACCUCCGCAUCACUGCCCACAACUCGGCUGGUUUCACUGUGGCCGAAUACGACUUUGCCACCCUGACGGUUACCGGAGGCACCAUUGCGCCCCUGGACGACGGAUCCGGCCACGGCAACGUGCACACCCGCAUCCGCCUGCCCGCCUGGAUGCCCGAGUGGCUCGAUCUCAACUUCAUGGUGCCCCUGAUCGCCACCGUGGUCGUGGUGGCGGUGGGCAUCUGCGUGGUAUGCGUGGCCCUAUCCCGGAGGCGAGCGGACGACAUGCGCGGCGGCCAGAAGGAUGUGUACUACGAUGUAGUUUACAAUCAGACAAUGGGACCCGGCGCCACCCUGGACAAGCGUCGUCCGGACCUGCGGGAUGAGCUCGGCUACAUCGCCCCGCCCAACCGAAAGCUGCCCCCCGUUCCCGGAUCCAACUACAACACCUGCGACCGGAUUAAGCGAGGCCGCGGUGGCCUCCGGUCCAACCACUCCACAUGGGACCCUCGGCGCAAUCCCAACCUGUACGAGGAGCUGAAGGCCCCGCCAGUGCCGAUGCACGGUAACCAUUACGGCCACGCCCACGGCAAUGCCGAGUGCCACUACAGGCAUCCAGGCAUGGAAGAUGAAAUCUGCCCCUAUGCCACGUUCCACCUGCUCGGAUUCCGCGAGGAAAUGGACCCCACCAAGGCCAUGAACUUCCAGACCUUCCCCCACCAGAACGGACACGCCGGCCCAGUUCCCGGACACGCGGGCACUAUGCUCCCACCAGGACAUCCAGGACACGUGCACUCCCGCUCCGGAUCGCAAUCGAUGCCUCGGGCCAAUCGAUACCAGCGAAAGAACAGCCAGGGCGGACAGUCCUCGAUCUACACGCCAGCUCCCGAAUACGAUGAUCCCGCCAACUGUGCCGAAGAGGACCAAUAUCGCCGAUACACCCGCGUCAACUCGCAAGGCGGUAGCCUGUACUCCGGACCCGGACCCGAAUACGACGAUCCCGCCAACUGCGCCCCUGAGGAGGAUCAGUACGGCUCCCAGUACGGAGGACCCUAUGGACAGCCCUAUGAUCACUACGGUUCCCGGGGAUCCAUGGGACGUCGCAGCAUCGGCUCUGCUCGCAAUCCUGGCAAUGGAUCACCCGAGCCUCCACCUCCACCACCACGCAACCACGACAUGAGCAACUCCUCAUUCAACGACUCCAAGGAGAGUAAUGAGAUCUCAGAGGCAGAGUGCGAUCGUGACCACGGACCACGCGGAAACUACGGAGAAGACUCCAACGAGGCAGUGAAGCGAUCUCCACAGCCGAAAGAUCAGCGCACCACCGAAGAAAUGCGCAAACUGAUAGAAAGUCGACGACAGUUAAACGAAACCGGCCCAAAACAACUCCAACUCCAACAAGCAAAUGGCGCAGGAUUCACAGCCUACGAUACUAUGGCAGUGUAAUUUGUAAGCGCCUCCAGCGGCGGUGGGCGUGGCAUUUUAGCUUAGUGUUUUAGGCGCAUGAAGUGCGUGGGAGUUGAAUGACACUCAGAGACACAGGACACACAGAUACACACAGACAGAUCAUCAGGACACAAGGAAAGAGAUAGAGGAUAAAGAGAGAGAGAGGGAGUUAUAUACCGCAUAUACACGUAAAAUAUUCAACUACUUCGAGUAAUUAUAGCGAAGGAAUGCAAGUUUCAAGAAACAUAUUUAUAUUGUCUAUGCAAGCAGCAAACCAAACAUACAUAAAGUAUAUAAGUACAUUCAAUAAAUAACUACUAUAAGAGGGUGCUGGAGGCACCAAAGGAAAUUACCCAAGUUAUUCGAGAGGAGCAGAAAACGAAAUCUCAAGAUCAAGAUCAUACUUAUUAUUCGAACUAAUUUUCAAUAAUGUACUUUAGUUUUAAGCGGUGUCUACCGAAAUAUCAGAGCAACAGCAACUGAGAUGGAUUCUUGUGUGUAAGAGGAGAUGAUUCGAAAUCUGCUUGUGUAAACUUUUGCCAUCUAUGCCAGGAGCAGAAAACUCAUCCUUUGCCUAGCCUAAGUCAAAGUCAUAAUAUUAACUCGUCUAAUUGAUAUAUUUAGUCGUAACAUGCGAAUCGUAUGAUUUCUUCCUAUGCAUUUUGUAAUUCGUAUGGACAGCGCACAUUUGGAGUUUUGUUUGCGUUUUGCGUUGACUUGUGAUGAUUGUUAAUUUACAGAGCCGUGUGAGUGGGUACCUACAAUUGUGCCCAACACUCGCUCAGUUCUUUAUUUAGUUCGCCCUUAUUUUUAAUUCAAAAAUGCGCUUCCAACAGAACAAAUCGAAGCUGUUCAAUGCACAAAUCGCAGCCACAACAAUUGAAUGUAUUAUACAAGAUCCCCAGGACACCCAAUACCCCAAAACCCCAAACCCGAAACACAGAUACACUCAAGCACGAUUUAUUAAGCCAAUUCUGAUAUAGACCGUUCUGAACAUGAGUUAUACGCAUUUGAAGCUUUAAGAAAACCAGAAAUUGUUUUUCUCACUUCAUUUGAUCUAUCCUAAGUUGUUAGUUCAUAAGUUGCUAAAUAUAUGAUUUUGAUUUUAUUUAAAAUUUAUUA